GCCCAGCAGCAGCAGCACUAGCAGCCUCUCCUCUCCUCUCCAAUCCUCCUCUUCCCUGCUGCCUAGCGCCUUGCCAAGCCCUCUCCAGCCUCAACCACUGCAAAAGGGAUCUCCUCCUCUCACCUGGAACCUGGCGAUGGAUUGCCUGCCAUGGACCAUCCUCGCCCUCCUCCUGGUCCUCCUGAGCAUCCCCCAGGCAGGUGGCGCAGAGCUGAGCCUUUUUGGGAGCACAGAGAAGCCACCGUCCGAUGCUCUAUCCUUGCCUUUGCGCCGGACCAAGCGUUGUUCCUGCUCCACCCUUUUGGAUAAGGAGUGUGUCUAUUUCUGCCACCUGGACAUCAUCUGGAUUAACACCCCUGAGCAGACUGUGCCAUAUGGGUUGGGAAGUGCUUCUCGAACUAGACGCUCACUGGAAGAUUUACCUCUUCGAAGCCUUCAGGGGUCUCCGAACAGAUGCCAAUGUGCUAACCUGAAAGACAAGAAGUGUACCAACUUCUGCCAGGCUAGAAAAGAACACUGGAUACAGUCCACUAUAGAGAAAGGAUGGAGACAACUUCCUAAAGAUGGAGACUGCAAAGGGUUUGGGUGUGCAUUCAGGCAACUAACCAACAGCAAGAAAAUGAGAAGAUUAGAUACCAUCAGUAACAGCAUCAAAGCAUCUUUCAGUAUUGCCAAACUGAAGAGCAGGCUUCACAAACCAAAGCAGCUGAAGCAUAACCGAACAUAUAAAAAGCAAAAUGUUUGGGAAAGCCUGAAGACGACAUCUUAGUGGAAAGAUCACCAACCCUAAUCCUCGAGUCAUCAAGAAUUACUGACAAAGCAUUGCUGAAGCUCUGUUUUGACUUCUUAACAUUCCACUCCUGGAAGAGAUCAAGGAGUGUUGUUCUAAAUAUUAACUCUCUAAAGGUAAAGGAGGGCCCAAAUAAUCUUCCAUUUGGACAGAUGACAAAGCAGUUAAAUACUGCCAUCCUCUUGGAAUUCAGCUGUGCGGGUUGGGUCAAAGAUUGUUCCUUCAACUGACUUUUUUUGAGUGGACUAUCAGAAGAAGAAGGGGUAAAUUUGGGCUCCAAUUGUGAAGAGAGGGGAAAACUGAAGCAGUUGAGUUCAUUUAGUUUGACAGGCUUCAGUCAGAGCAGCUCAAAAUGCAAUGCACAGCUGUUUUGGGAUCAAGACGAUCAGAAGUGGAGAGGUUAAGAUUUAAAAGAAAAGACUUCUGUAGCUUUGACUCUAAAUGCAAAUUGACUCUGCAAGUUUGAUCAGGAGCCAUCUCCUAUCUAACAGGUCUACCUCACAUACUCUGGAUUGCACUCUUGCCGAAGUGUUGUUCUAACUUUUUGUGACUUUCAUAUGUCACCCAAAGUCUCUUAUUUAAUUUUUUUUAAAAAUAGCUCACGGACACCUCUAGCUCACCAUUUAGUUCCAUCUGAAUUUUCAGGGCUGUGGAUCAAAACUGUGCUCUAAAACUGAUGGGGAAAUAAUGUUACAGUUGUCUAUUCUAGACUUAACACAGUUUUGGCAGAAGUAGGCCUCACUGUGUUUGAAAUAAUUCUGCUUAGAAUGGAGGCAUAAAGGGGUUUCCAUAAAUGGGAGAUGAGCAUAUUUUGAGAAACUGCAUGAACAUUUACAAUCCAAAGAUGGUAAGGUCUUACAAUGUUCAGUGUAAUGUGGAGAUCUGAAUAACCAGUAUUCUGAUAUGGGGCUCUGCUGCCUGGACCUGAUUUCAACAAAAAGAGAGGUUCCUAGAAAGCAAGAGAUAUUUUAGAAAAUCUCUAGAAAUGGGAGAAAGUGAAAUGUGGCUGUUGGUUUAAAAAUAAGGCCAAAGGUUAAUAUUUAGUUAAUGUUAGUAGGAGUGAAUUUAUCUGUUCUGACUGAAUUUGCUGAGUAGGGUCUGAACUGGCUUUUGUAUGAUGUGCUUUUAUAAAAUCUAUCUAUCUAUAUAUAAUAUAUUUAUAUCAUGGAAUUGUCAUUAUAUUUGCUAUGUUGAAUAUACAUUGAAACAGGCCAUAUUGGUCUAUGCACGUCUUACAUAUUUCUGUAUGAAAUUUGGGAAAUGCCUUAUGCCUGUUAAGGUAACAUAUGAGAAAUAAA